AUGGCCGAACUAGCGACGAAAUCGAUGGCGAAGCUUCAGCUUGACGAGGAGACCGGUGAGAUGGUCUCCAAGGCCGAGCUGAAGAAGCGCCAGCAGAAACGCGCGAAGAAGGCGGCCCAGGAAAAGGCCCGUCAAGAAAAGGCCGCCGCUGGCCCCGCCGAGAAAAAGGCACCGACGCCCAAGCCGGAAGAGACUCCGAUCGACCCUGAAGCCAUGUUCAAACAGGGCUUCCUCGACGACGUCUACAAGGAGCGCCCAGUCAAGAAUGUCAUCACACGUUUCCCGCCCGAGCCAAACGGAUACCUCCACAUUGGACACGCCAAGGCUAUCGCGGUCAACUUUGGAUUCGCCAAAUAUCACGGUGGUGUGACCUACCUUCGAUUCGACGAUACAAACCCCGAGAAGGAGGAAGAAAAAUACUUCAAUGCCAUCCAGGAAGUUGUCAAGUGGCUUGGAUUCGAGCCCUACAAGGUCACAUAUUCUAGUGAUAACUUCCAAAAGCUGUAUGAUCUAGCGGAGAAGCUGAUCAAUAUUGGCAAGGCCUACGUCUGCUAUUGCGAGGACACUGAGAUCAAGCUCCAGCGCGGCGGUGAAAAGGGUGCCAACGCCAGAUACCGCUGCAAACAUGCUGACCAGACCCCCGAGGACAACCUGGCCAAGUUCCGAGAUAUGCGCGACGGAAAAUACAAGCCCCGCGAAGCUUUCCUCCGCAUGAAGCAGGACAUCACGGACGGUAACCCCCAGAUGUGGGACUUGGCCGCGUACCGUAUCAAGACCGACACCCCUCACCACCGCACCGGCUGGGACUGGAAGAUUUACCCAACCUACGACUUUACACACUGUCUGUGUGAUAGCUUUGAGGACAUCACACACUCUCUCUGCACCACCGAGUUUAUCCUCAGCCGUGUUUCUUACGAGUGGCUCAACAAGUCGCUUGAAGUGUAUGAGCCGAUGCAGAGAGAAUACGGACGUCUGAAUCUGACCGGUACCGUGCUUUCGAAGCGCAAGAUUCUCAAGCUAGUGGAGGAAAAGAUUGUUCGCAACUGGGAUGACCCAAGACUAUAUACACUGAUCGCCAUCCGCCGCCGUGGCGUGCCCCCCGGAGCCAUUUUAGAGUUUGUCAAUGAGCUCGGCGUGACCACGAACAUUACUACUAUCCAGAUCCACCGCUUCGAGCAGAGCAUUCGCAAGUACCUCGAGAAGUCGGUGCCGCGUCUGAUGAUGGUUCUUGACCCUGUCCCUGUUGUCAUCGAGGACGCCGAGGAACUCGAGCUUGACUUGCCUUUCUCUCCCAAGGACCCCAAGAUGGGAUCGCACAAGGUCAAGUUCACACCGACGGUCUACAUCGAUCGUUCCGACUUCCGCGAGGAAGACAGCAAGGACUACUUCCGUCUCGCCCCCGGCAAGUCGGUUGGUUUGCUCCACGCCCCCUACCCCAUCAAGGCCACUUCUUUCACCAAGGACGAGGCCAGUGGCAAGGUGACGGAGAUCCGUGCAGUUUUCGAUAAAGAACUGAAAAAGGCAAAGACUUAUAUCCAGUGGGUUGGAACUGCUGGAUCAAGGAAAGUAGAGGCUCGCAUCCACAACGCUCUCUUCAAGUCCGAGAAGCCCGACGACGCUGAGGGGGGUUUCCUCAACGACCUGAACCCGGAGAGCGAAGUCAUCUACCCUGAUGCUCUCAUUGAGUCGGGUUUCGACGAGGUGAAGCGCCGCGCUCCCUGGCCUGAGGCGGCGGGCGAGAGCGAACUCGGCAAGGGCGGACCGGAAAGUGUACGCUUCCAGGCCCUCCGCGUCGCGUACUUUGCUGUGGACUCUGAUAGCACUGACGAGAAGAUUGUUCUCAACCGUAUCGUGAGCUUGAAGGAGGACGCUGGAAAGAAGUGA